CAGCUAGCCUGAGCCCUGGCUGCCGAAGGACUCGGGCCGCAGGCUCGGCGGCGGCGGGAGCAGAGGAGAGGCCUGGACCGGGCCCGAGCUGCAGGCCACGGCCAGGCUCUUCUGGCUCACAGGUGCACCAGGCUUAGUGUCCAGCGCUGGAGGCUGAGAGGGCGGUGUGACCAGAGGAGGACGUGCAGGGGCAGGAAAUCCUUGGAGGGCCAGGACAUGCCCCGGAUGCGUUGAGGAUGAAUCACCCAGGCUGGCAAUGUCCCUCGGAGCCCUGGCGGUGGUCACCCGCCCAUCCAGAGAAGGAAGGGUGGGUGGCCACUGUGCCCAAGAAGCUGGGGCCUCCUGUUUCCUGGGAACCCCAUCUCUGAGCCCCGCCCAUAGCCCCACCCUCCCCAGGAGGGAAAAGGCAGCAGCCAGCCGCUCAGCUCACAGGUGCUGGGACCUGACCCAGAGCACAGGAGGACAGACUGCUGCCGUCACCCCUUCAGGCCGGCCAUGGACCCCCAGGAGAUGGUCGUCAAGAACCCCUUUGCCCACAUCAGCAUCCCGAGGGCACACCUGCGGCCUGAGCUGGGGCAGCAGCUGGAGGUGGCUCCAUUCUGUCCGGAGUCCCAGGCUCUGCCUGGGGGGUCCUGCACCCUGGAGCCCACCGAGGAGAACACAGGGCCCAAGGGUGCCAAGGGUGCUGCUCCCUUCCAGGGCCAGCAGGCCUGGCAGCAGCCCAGCAACCCCUAUGGCAGUGGGCCGCGCCCGUCAGGACUGACCUAUGCGGGGCUGCCACCGAUUGGGCGUGGGGAUGACAUUGCCCACCACUGCUGCUGCUGCCCCUGCUGCUCCUGCUGCCACUGCCCCCGCUUCUGCCGUUGCCACAGCUGCUGCUGCGUCAUCUCCUAGCCCGGCCCCCGCUGGGCCACGGAGCCUGCCUCGGGACCCCCGGCAUGGCAGCCGCAGCAGGGCCUGGACAGUCGGGACAGCCACUGGGCUGUUGUAAUGGGCUCUGGCUGCUCCCCACUCUGGACAGAGACAGCUGCCCGCCAUGAAGGCUGCCCUCUCAGCUCAGGCCCCCGAAACAGAGCCCCUGUCGUGACGGCAGCCGCGGGGUCACGUCUCUUCAAGGCCCCAGGCCCAGGCAAUAAAGCAGAGUGAGCACUGUU